CGGUAGGGUUAGGGUUUUUCGGCUGCCACUUUUUUGCACUUCCGUAGAAAAGAAGAGGAGGCGGGAUUGCUGUGAGCGAUUGUCCAAGAUGAAGACGAUUCUGUCAUCGGAGACUAUGGAUAUUCCCGACGGUGUUAAGAUUAAGGUGAAAGCCAAGCAGAUCGAGGUGGAGGGACCCCGCGGGAAGCUUACUCGCAACUUCAAGCAUCUCAACCUCGACUUCCAACUCAUCACCGAUGAGGCCACCGGAAAGAGGAAGCUCAAGGUCGACGCUUGGUUCGGCUCCCGCAAGACCACUGCUGCAAUUCGAACUGCCCUCAGCCACGUCGAGAACCUCAUCAGUGGCGUUACCAAGGGCUACCGCUACAAGAUGAGAUUCGUCUAUGCACAUUUCCCAAUCAACGCCUCCAUCACCAACUCCAACCGUUCUAUUGAGAUCCGCAACUUCCUUGGCGAGAAGAAGGUGAGGAAGGUGGAUAUGCUUGAAGGAGUCACUGUUAUCCGGUCUGAGAAGGUUAAGGACGAAUUGGUGUUGGAUGGCAAUGACAUUGAGCUUGUUUCCCGAUCUGCUGCCCUGAUAAACCAAAAAUGCCAUGUGAAGAACAAAGAUAUCCGGAAGUUCCUUGAUGGUAUCUAUGUCAGUGAGAAGGGGCGAAUAGCCGAGGAGGAGUGAGAGUUAGUGGCCUACAUUUCUUGAUCGUUUUCUUGGACCGAUUCCCUUUUAUCAUAUCAAGCUGCUUGUGGGGAUUUGUUAGAGAUGACUUCUAUUUUGAACUUAAAAAAUUUUGUGUUUGAAGGCUCUUUUCGUCUGAUUUUGCUUAAUAUAGUUAAGGCUUCAAAUGUUCUGAGUUAGUUGUUUGGUUUUCUAGGAUGUAGUAUGCGGCAGGCGAGCUGUUUAAUUGUUUGUGUGACCAUGGUUCCAGUUUUCCGUAUAUCUAGCCCAAAGGCAUAGCAGAGUACGUAAAUUAUUGGUCAAUGUUACCCAUUCAAGUCCCAGUUUGUGAUGAUAGUGACAAAAACAUCGAAAGCAAUGGACGACUGCAUUAUUAGUAUAGUAAAUUUCAUCAUAAUUGGAAUACAGAUGCUAAAGCCUUUGGUUUGA